AUGGCCACCGACACUACUGCUUCCGAUGUUGCUCCCUCAACCUUCUUUGCUGCCUCGGUUGUAGCUCCAGACACAACUCCAACAUCUAAUUCUCAAUGCGGUGCUUGCAAGUUCUUGAGAAGAAAAUGUAUCCAAGGGUGUGUCUUUGCCCCUCACUUCAACCAUGAACAAGGACCUAUUUCUUUUGCAGCUAUCCACACAAUUUUUGGUGCCAGAAAUACCUCUAAGCUCCUGGCCCACCUUCCGGUCGACAAUCUGCAAGUUUAUCUAGCAUUAUUGAAGGAGUUUGCAAACUCUUGUGCAACCCUUAAGAUGUUCAAAAUUGGUUUCACCCGGAAACCAAUUCAAACCCUAUUCCAGAACUGGAUUCAAGUUUUGCCAGAAAUUUUGGAUACAUCCUAG